AUGUCGUUCGAUAGACCCGAUAUCUACAGCGCCAGGGUCCUUCCUGGUGAAGAAAACCCCGAAAACGCCAACACAGAAAUCGUCAAGGCGUUCCGCACAUUCAUCUUGGAAUACAGAGAAGGGUCACAGUUCAUCUACAGAGAACAGCUCCGCGAAAACUUGUUGGUCAAUGAAUACUCCCUCACCGUCCAAUCAGACCAUUUGAUCCGUUACAAUGAAGAACUCAACCAACGCUUGGCCGACGACCCAGUAGAAAUGAUCCCGUUGUUUGAAAAAGCCAUCACCGAAUCCGCCCAAAGAAUCAUCUAUUUACAAUCAGAAAUCCCUAGCCAUUUCCCAAGCUGUCAAUUAAUCCUCAGAUCCAAAGAUAACGAGGUCUCCAUUAGAGAAUUGGACUCCAACAAUAUCUCGAAAAUCGUGAGAAUUAGCGGGAUUAUCAUCAGCGCCUCGGUGCUCAGCUCAAAGGCUACCAUGGUCCAAUUGGUCUGCGGUAAUUGUAAACAUACCAUGAGAGUACAAGUCAAUUCGGCGUUCGGGUCAUUAAUCCUUCCUUCCAAUUGUGAAGCCCCAGUCCAACCAGGGGGCCAAAAAACUAAUUGUCCUCCUGAUCCUUACAGAAUCGUCCAUAACAAAUCCACUUAUAUCGACCACCAAAUCUUGAAACUUCAAGAAAGUCACGAUAUGGUCCCGGUAGGGGAAAUGCCAAGGCACAUCAUGUUAUCCUCCGAUAGAUACUUGACCAACAAAGUGGUGCCUGGUAACAGAGUCACCAUCACCGGGAUCUACUCGAUUUAUCAAUCAAAGAACAAAAAAAAUUCCAGCUCCGUGGCCAUUAGAAACCCCUAUGUUAGAGUGUUGGGGAUUGAAGCCGACGUCGACCAUAGCUCGCUUGGUAACCCACAUUUCUCCGAAGAGGAAGAAGAAGAAUUCUUGAAAAUGUCAAGAAACCCCAACAUUUACGAGUCGUUUGCCAAUUCUAUCGCCCCAUCGAUUUAUGGUAACGACGAUAUUAAAAAAGCCAUUGCUUGUUUGCUCAUGGGUGGCUCGAGAAAACAAUUACCAGACGGGUUGAAAUUGCGAGGGGACAUCAACGUGUUGCUUCUUGGGGACCCCGGUACCGCCAAAUCCCAAUUACUUAAAUUUGUCGAGAAAGUCGCCCCGAUUUCCAUCUAUACUUCCGGUAAAGGGUCUUCUGCCGCUGGUUUAACCGCUUCGGUCCAAAGAGAUCCCAUGACCAGAGAGUUUUACUUGGAAGGUGGGGCUAUGGUGUUAGCCGAUGGUGGGGUGGUGUGUAUCGAUGAGUUCGACAAAAUGAGAGAUGAGGAUCGGGUGGCGAUUCACGAAGCCAUGGAACAGCAGACCAUUUCCAUUGCCAAAGCAGGGAUCACCACGAUCUUGAAUUCCCGUACUUCGGUCCUUGCCGCCGCUAACCCAAUUUACGGCAGAUACGACGAUAUGAAAUCCCCGGGAGAAAACAUUGAUUUCCAAACCACCAUCUUAUCGCGUUUUGAUAUGAUUUUCAUUGUCAAAGAUGAUCAUAAUGAAAAAAGAGAUAUUGAAAUCGCGUCGCACGUCAUGAAUAUCCAUACUGGAAGAAACAACCUCCAGCAACAAAUCAACGGAGACUACGAUAUCAACAAAAUGAAGCGUUACAUUCUUUAUUGCAAGUCUAAAUGUGCUCCAAGAUUGACCCCUGAAGCGUCAGAGAAAUUGUCUUCGUAUUUUGUGGAAAUUAGAAAGCAAGUGCAUAUCAGCGAAGAGCAACGUAAUGAAAGAUCAUCGAUUCCUAUCACCGUGCGUCAAUUGGAAGCGAUUGUUCGUAUCACCGAAGCAUUGGCCAAGUUGAGAUUGAGUCCCGUGGCCACCGAAGAACACGUUGAUGAAGCAAUCAGGCUCUUUAGAGCUUCUACUAUGAAUGCGGUGAAUGAAGGAAAUGGUAUGAGGGCCGAUUUGGUACGUGAGGUGAAAUUAAUCGAGGACGAAUUGAGAAGAAGAUUGCCAAUUGGUUGGUCGACAUCUUACCAAACUUUGAAAAGAGAAUUUAUCGAUGGGAAAAACUAUUCUUCCGAAGGGCUUGACCAUGCAUUAUAUGUGUUGGAAAAACAUGACACUAUUCAGUUUAGAAGCCAAGGGAAAAAUAUUUUCCGUAGUGGAGCGUAA